AUGGCCCUACUCCCUGGCACUGCAGACCCCGAGCUCGGCCCCUGCACCUCCAGCCGCCAGCAGAAGCCAUGCCAGGUGCCAGCCACGAAGGGCUUCUUCUCCGGCGGUGCCCAGCCACUGCCGCCCGGGGAGGAGCUGCGCCGCCUGCCCCGGCCGGGGCCCCGCUCCGGCUGCGCCAUCAUCAACGUGGGGGGCAGCAGGUACCAGGUGCCCUGGAGCGGGCUGGAGAGCUGCCCCCUGGGCCGGCUGGGGAGGCUGAGCUCCUGCCGCAGCCGGGAGGAGCUGCUGCAGGUCUGCGACGACUUCGACGCCAGCCACGAUGAGUUCUUCUUCGACCGCAGCCCCGGCGCCUUCCGCUGCAUCGUGGCGCUGCUGCGCGCCCGCAAGCUGCGACUGCUGCGGGGCACCUGCGCCCUCUCCUUCCAGGAGGAGCUGCGCUACUGGGGCGUGGGGCUGCAGCACCUGGAGCGCUGCUGCAGGCAGAGGCUGCGCCAGAGGCAGGAGGAGGCGGCCGACACCGGGCCGGGCAGGGGGCAGGAGGCUGCCGGCCGGGACUCGGUGCCAGCCCCGCGGGGCAGCGGCUGCCUGGCACCGUGCAUGGGCAGGCUCAGGGACAUGGUGGAGAACCCUCACUCGGGGCUGCCAGGGAAGGUCUUUGCCUGCAUCUCCAUCUCCUUUGUGGCCAUCACUGCCGUCAGCCUCUGCAUCAGCACCAUGCCGGAGGUCAGGGAAGAAGAGGAGCAGGGCGAGUGCUCGGGGCGCUGCCAGGCGCUGUUGGUGCUGGAGGCAGUCUGCGUGGGGUGGUUCUCGCUGGAGCUGCUGCUGCGCUGGCUGCAGGCGCGGGACCGCUGCGCCUUCCUGCGCGCCCCCCUCACCCUCAUCGACGGCGUGGCGCUGCUGCCCUUCUACGUCUCGCUGCUGCUGCGCCUGCUCUCCGACGCGCCGGGCGGCGGUGCCAGCCCCGGGGCGGGCGGCAGGCUGGCGGCGGGCGGCAGGCUAGCGGAGCGCGCGGGGCUGGCUCUGCGGCUGCUGCGGGCGCUGCGGGUCCUGUCCCUGGCGCGGCACUCGCUGGGGCUGCGCAGCCUGGGGCUAACGGCGCGGCGCUGCGCCAGGCACUGCGGCCUGCUGCUGCUCUUCCUCGGCCUGGCCGUGGCCCUCUUCUCGCCCCUGGUGCACCUGGCCGAGAGCGAGCUGGGCGCCCGGCAGGAGUUCCGCAGCGUGCCCGGCACCUACUGGUGGGCGGUGAUCUCCAUGACCACGGUGGGCUACGGGGACAUGGUGCCCCGCAGCGUGCCCGGGCAGGUGGCGGCGCUCAGCGGCAUCCUGAGCGGCAUCCUGCUGAUGGCCUUUCCGGUCACCUCCAUCUUCCACACCUUCUCGCGCUCCUAUAGUGAGCUGAGGGAGCAGCAGCUGCGAGCCGCCGGCCGCCGGCCGUGCCUGCUGCGAGACGGUGCCAAGGUGCCAGCCGGUGCCACCGCGCGGGGUCGUGGUGCCAUCCUCCCGCUGGACGCAGCGGGGCAGGAGGGACAGCCCGAGGCAGGACGGGACGCCAAGGGCAGUGCUGACUCCGAAGAGAUGGAGACCACACGGAGCAGCAGGCGAGGUGCAGGCAGUCCUACCAGAACCCCUGAGCUGCAGGGCUGA